GUAACUUUCAAAAGAUUUGCAAUAUCGCCUUCAUGUCAAAGAAAAAGUUGCAGGAAAGUUGGUGGCUUGGUAUUUGUAAUCACUUUGGGUCCCAGUCCUAGUUUUACGUAGGGAUGGGGUUCGAAAUGUUGACAAAUCAUCGUUUAUGCAUGUAGUACCUAGUAAUGACACUGAGCGCCUCAUAAAACUCGAAAAAAUGGUCCAUACAUCUAAUAUGUAUCACGCUUCUAACAAACGACAGCAAAACACUAUCAUGGGAGAUAUAAAAAAUAUAAUCACUCAACUUAGCAAACUGACAUCUGCAACAACAGAGGAUGUAAAAAUUCCGAUCUUAAGUUACGAUGAGCUUGUAGUUUUGGAGAAUUUUUCCAAAACUCCUCAAGGAAAGGCUGCAGUACGAAAAAGAUUCGAGCGGGAGCAUUUCGCAACUUUAUAUGAUUUCUGCAGAAAUUAUACCGAACAAUUAUUCGCCAAAUCCAACUACACUACGUGGACCGGACACUCAGCACAUAACGCACAUACCUCCGUGCAACCACAAAAAGCCUCUGAUAUGUGUGUAGUUCAAAUCUUACUUGAUGUAGCCCAAGAGAAAUAUGCUUCAGAUAGGAAAACAGCAACGUCAACAUUUGCCCGCGCUUUAAAAAAUUUGAAUGAAACGGAGAAAGCGAGGAAGAAACGAAACGAAAGAACUGAAGACAUGGGUAUGUAGAGUCGUUAGCUGGGCGGAAGCAACACUGCUGUAAAAUUAAUCGUAUAAAUAUUGGGAGUUUUCCUGCUUGCCGUACAGUUAAUCCGCCUACAGCAAAAACAACAGCAACAUGCCAUUCUAUGUAAUCAAUCCGUAUAUUUAUAUAUUACAUUUAUAUUUCCUGAUUAUACAUCAUAUUAUCAUGAUUUAACCUGUCCCAUAAUAUUCCGCCACGUCACUCGGUCAGUUGCUGCUUGUCUUCAACCUCUCAGGUUCCCGAUACUUGCCAGGUUCUGCUCCACUUGGUUCAGCCACCGGGAACGCUGCGCUCCUCUCAGUCUUGUACCUGCCGGGUUGGAGGUGAAAACCAACUUGGUGGGGUUGUUGUCCGGCAUCCUCACAACAUGCCCCGCUCACCGUACCCUUCCAGCUUGAGCUACUUUCCGGAUACUUGGCUCACCAUAAAGUCGCGCAAGUUCGUGGUUCAUCCUUCUCCUCCACACGCCAUCCUCCUGUACACCACCGAAGAUCGUUCUCAACACCCUUCUUUCGAAGACUUCGAGUGUUUGCAGAUCCUUCUCGAGCAUUGUCCACGUUUCGUGCCCGUAGAGAACCACCGGUCUAAUCAGUGUGUUGUACAUGGCGUAUUUCGUGCGGUGGUGAAGCUUCCUGGAUCUCAAACCGUAUGCAUCAAUCCUCAAUCGACUGAUUUUCUUCUUUUAGAGUUUAAUAAAUGCUUUAAAUGAAUAAAUCGGUGGCAAAGCUGUAUACAAUUUUUCCUACGCAUACUACCAAGCGUUCAAUUCUUAUACAUGCUCAAAGAAAGUAACUUGAGCCUUAACUCACUCAAACUGUACUUACUCACUCAGACUGCACUUGCAAACUCAAGCACACUCACACACACUGUACUUGAUACUCAACCAUUACCUCACUCAAAUUGCAUUUAUUUGCUUAAAUACACUCACACAUAGACUGAACUUGACACCCACUCAUUGUUACACUCAAGCCCUUGCAUACACAAAUAUAUUCACAUUCAUUUGAACACAGAUUGCACAUGAACAUUCAGACCCUCCUACAUGUAUAUUGCACUUGCACACUCAUGUCGUUUUUCAUUGAAAACACUGGGGCGGUGGAUUGCACUGGUUUUGCACUUUCUAGCAGAAGUGGGAAUAAAACACGUCUUGUGGCCUGCUCUUCUGCUAGAAAAUGCAACCCCAGUGCAAUCCACCGCCCCGGGGUUUUUCAAUGAAAAACCCCAUCAGUCUAAAAGACGAAUUUCAUAUCGAUUUGCCCCGGUCUUCACUACACCUGCACAUUAAAACAUUGUGACAUUUCGACUAGGUGCACUUAAACACACUUACACAGAUUGCACUCGAACAUUCAAACAUUACACUCAAACUACACUUGCAGAAUAUAAUAUAAUCACACACAUACCUAACCUGUGAUUUUUCUUUUUCAUUUUUGGAAUUAGGUAUUUCGAAAAUGGAGAUCAAAGUAAACUUGAAACAAUUAUUAUCGUGACCUGCCUGACAACUGGAAAACCCAACGUGUGCAUCAACGAAUAUUUCCUCAGCUAGGACAGGCCCACCAUGUAACCAUAAUAUUGGACAAUCUGAACUGUAGGAAGAUGAACAAAAUUUAAAUGGCCAACUCCUGCGAAACGGAAGUAACGUCGGCGAGAACAAACCGGACGAGCGAAUUGGUGGCGACAGUAGUACAAAUAACAGGAUCACCUUAGAACAUUCACUCCAUUCGGUGGAUCAGCUUGGUGGAAUUAUACGGAAUGCUUCGAGGCAUCAGCUGCCAGGAUCCGGGCUGCUGCCAAUGCACAACAGUAGUAUGAAUAACUCUAGUGAUCGGGGCAGUUUGAAACCUGGCGACGGUAUUGGUCGGAUGGAUUCCGGAAUUGGUGGAGGUAGCAGCGAAGGUAUGGACAGCUGGUGGAAGUUGUUCUGGACUCUGGCUCCGGAAACAUUCAUGCCACGGGUUAUAGUCCCGUUGUACCUAAUCACCAUUCAUAUCCAAUAAUGUAAAACUAAUAAAAUUAGUUCGUAGUAUUGCUAAAAAUAAAAUAAUUUAAAAUUGUG